UUGCAGUAGGAUAAAUGAAUGGUCGUCCAAACUUCAAUGUUUUUGUUAUGUGCACGAUUUAUUUAUAAAUUUUAGUUCAUAAUUAAACCAAUUUAUAUGCGAUUGUUUAAGCUAUUGUAGCGUUCAAAGUAUGGACAGUAUUGGAACUUUGGAUCUAGCGUGGGCGCAAGGUUACAGUGGAUCAGAUGCCUUAUUUAUCAACCGCAACACCCUCUGUUACGUCUGUGGGAAUGGGAUCAAAUUCAUCGACAUCACUACUGGCCGCGAGGAAAUUUACUCCUCACCAGGCAUGGGCAUUGGAGCCUUCACAGUCAGUGGCAGUACACACCUCGUGGCUUUCUCCGAGAAUUGCCUCAACCCUCGGAUCUUUGUAUUCUCCUAUCCUGGGUUCACACAGAAGUCUGUUUGCCAAGGCGGAACUAAGAUGGAGUACAGUGCCCUAGCGUUUUCCCAUACCCAUCCAUACUUGGCCAGCUGCUCAGCAAUUCCUGAUUUCAUGCUUUCUCUAUGGAACUGGGAAACAGGCGAGCUUCUGUGCAGUAAGUCCAUGUGGGGACUCCAGGCCACUAAUAUCUCCUUCAAUCCAACGGACUGGCAUAGACUGAGUGUCAUUGGCCCUGAUCAGCUCACAGUGUGGACCAUUGAGCAAGCUGAUAAGCUCUUCUCUCUCAUUCCAAGCAAAACAAGACUUCCGUACGGUGACGAAACUGGAAGCCAAACCACUAUAAAAGACGGCCUCCCAGACAGACCAGGCUCUCGUAUGGAACCCUUCAGCAUCAACGUAGACAAGGCAGCUGUAGCCGGCCUCGUCGGGGAACAUGUAGAAGCCUUUGAUGCCAACUUUGAUGAGAACCAUAAGAAGGUGGAGCCGGCCUCCCUGUGCUGGACCGCAACAGGGGACAUCUACUGUGGGUGCCAAGGGGGCCAGCUGCUCAAGUAUAACACAGAGACCCAAGUUAUCAGCGUCCUGUAUAAUCCUGGAGAUAAUAAAGCGGUUGGGUUCGUGUCCAGGGUGACUACUGCUGAUGAAUUUCCUCAGAAGUUGUUCACUGUGCCUGAUGGUGAAGAAACCAAAGCAUCUCCAGGCAAGAGUCUUGCAAUCAGAGAGGGUACUCUCAACUGUUUGGCCCUGCAUCGUGAGGGACUGUUUGCCGGUGGAGACGAUGGUAUCCUGCGAUGCUUGGACGUUAACCACGGUGUGGUGCAGGUUUCUGAUAGCUGGAAUAGCGGAGCUGCUAUCUCGUCGCUCGGUUGGUCUCCGGGCUACACCAAGCUUGCCAUCGGUAGUCCAAAGGGUUGUUUAUACUUGUAUGACUACACCAACCCAGGCACCGCCCAGCCUCUGAUUGACACCCACAAUGGUGACUUUAUUGCUGUUGCAAUGAUGGCCCCCGGCACACAACACUGCGUGUCUGUGAGAGACAAUGGUGAGGUUCAGGUCUGGAGCAUGGAGGACAACAAGCUUGCCUGCAGCCUCUCACUGAAGAAACCGGCAUCAUGUCUUGCUAGCAGCCCAUCGUCCCACACCGUCGCUGUAGGGACACUGACCGGCCAUGUCUUCCUCCUGGAUCUAAGCAACCUAGAGAACCCUCGUGUUGUCCAGAGGCUUCACAUGCACCAGUCUCCCGUCCAACAGCUUGUGUUUGAUGAGGAGGGAAGGUAUCUCUUGACCGGGGCAGACGAUGGACAUGUCUUUGUGGUGGAUGCACGACCCUCGUCUGGAUUCAAGAUUCUCGGACAGACACCAAUUGAGGGGCUUGUCCAGACUAUUUGCUCUAACACUGAAGAGAAGCAUGGAGCCGUCAAAGUACUAGUCACAUCAAGCACCACGUCUGAUGCCGGACCCGGGGCCAACAAAUGUGCUCAGUUUGACAUUCCCAGCAAUUUGGCUCAAGAUGUUGAUAGUUUCUUGGCCAGUGCAAAGUGUGACUUGAAGGAAGGUGCCAUCAACAAGAUGAAUCUGAAUUUCUCGGUACCAUCCUGUGGUGCUGCUCUGACUACCGGUGGUGUAUUCUUCACUUUGAGUUAUGACACUAAACAGCUACACAAACUUACUCUACCUGAGGAAGCACCAAAGAAGGCCAACAACAAAGCCUCGUACCUCCAGCCACAAGGAGAAUUCCAAGGCCAUGAGCUCCCCGGGGGCAUCCUCACCAUGUCCCAUCACCAGAAAUGGCUUGCCUCAGCUGCCCCCGACGGCCAUGUACAGGUACGAGGUGUCGGGGCUCUAGAUCGUCCCAUGGUGGUCUCCGCUCACAGCUUCUUGAAGGGCGGUGUGCGUCAGGUUUGUCUCUCCACGGAUGCUCAGUCCAUUCUGACCUGUGGUACUCAGGAUGGCGUGCUAUCGUGCUACACAUGGAAUUUCAGCAACACAGGUCGUAGCAAGGCCACCUCGGCCAUCGAGGCUGCACGCUCCCACAAUGCAAUGCUUCAUGCCAUACGUAAGCGAGAAGACGAAGUGUUGAGCGCUAUGCCAGAAUGGAGUGAGGGGACGUCAACCCCUAUGUCAAGAUCUGUGUCUGAUAUGCAAGGACCACAGAAAACAGGUGUUGAGCUUGCCAUCGAGAGAGAUGAGAUCUACAUGACUCCAACACCAACCCUUAAAGCUGAUCCAACCUGGAUGGAAGUCAAAGAAAUGGAGGCUUUGAGAGAGGAAGACAACCAGUAUGCUGAGCUCAAAACAGGUCUGCGUGGUGACAUCAGAGAGCUGAGAAGAACGAUCCAAAGCAUGAUGAAAGAGAACGAGGGCUUACCAGACAUAGAACAGCUCGGACAUGACGAGUUUAACCUCGACUCUGAGGAACAGCAACGACUACAGGCCAUGGGGGAAGCUAAGGUCCAAGAGAUGCGUGUCAAUAUGGAACUGGAUGACCUGUCCAAGACUUACCUGAGGGAGGUGAUCAAGAAUGAAUGCUGGGACUCCAUGCUGGUCAAAGGAAGAAGCAUCAAGGCAUUUCACAUGAACUUGGAGGUUGGUAACUACCCGAUGAGAGACAAGACGAAGAAGGAGGUGGAUGAGUUGGCAUUUGUUACCAAGAUGAGAAGCAUUGAAGUGGCUGAGAUGGCUGCAAGGAAAGAGAUAGUGGAGGUACAGCCCAAGGGAAAUAGCACCAAGGCAAGUGAUGCCGAGUUUGCCGAUGACGAGUCAGAAGAAGGUGACGGUAAAGAGCAACCCUCUACCAUCGGCAGCCUCGGCGCCCAAUACGGCGGCGGCAGCGAUCUGUUCUACAGUCAGUUCGAGCUUCACACUCGACAGCAGAAACGCAACCAGAUCCUCCUCCUCCAAGACGCCAUCUACCGCAUCAAGAUGGCCUUCAAUCGGGAGUUUGACGAGAUCUUCCGCGCCCGGGAGCAGGAGAUCGGCCGGAUCAACGAUCGGAAUCUGCGGAUCAUGAAGAUCAUGGAGGAUCUGUCCAGUAAGGAGAAGGUGUGGAAGCCACAGAUGGACGAUGAUGAGAAGCCGGAGAAACUGCUCACUGUGGAGGAUAGCGAGGUAAAAGUUGAGAAGUUCAUCACUGCAGAGCAGCGGGCCAAAAUGGAGGAAGAAGAAGCCAAAGAGGAAGAGAGGAAACUUCGAGAGAAAGGAGACAACGCCCGAGACCGCGCCCUUGAUAUGAUGAUGGGCGGAGUCCUGGAGAUUAAGAAGGAAGAUGAGCUGAAGAAGGAUGUGCCUGUACCAACCUUCAUGGCCAAGGAUCCAGAGGAGUGGUCCGAGGAGGAACAGAAGGCUCAUAAAGAGUAUGAGAGGAAAGUCAAGGAACUCAACGAAGAAAGGGAGAAAUACAGAAAGACCCUUGAAGCCGAGAUGAAGAAGAUACAGACCAUCAUUGCGGACACCACGUCCAACUUUGAUGAUCGUCUUGUGGAUCGUUUUCAUAAGAAGAUCAAGACUGAGAUGGUGAUAUACCAGGAGGAGUUGAAGAUUCUUCGUUUGAACCGAGAGCUUCUUAUUGAAGAGGAACUAGAUGCCCAGGAGAAUGAGCUGAAUAGGCAGCUGGAUAGCAAGAGGGCUCUCAAGCAAGAGACGGUCCAAGCUGUGUUGAAGGCCAAGCGUGUUGUAGACUCCUACCGAGACACCUACGACAUUCGGGUCGCUGAGGACAAAGUGUUGGAGAAGAACUUUCGCAAGGAGUUCCCGGAUGUUCACGCUAUAUACGUGGAUCAGCUCUUUAAGCUUUAUCGGAGAAGGCCCAGAGGUCAGCGGAGAGAUCAGAAGGGAUCCAUAUCUGAAACCCCCGUCGGAGGCAUGACUAAUCCCUACGGAGAGCGCCCUCUAUCAGCCAGACAAUCCAACACGACGGUCGUGUUGAUGAAAGGGCUGGAUGAGUUGGAUAACGAGUCGCACUGUCCUGAAGGUGUUGAGCCACAUGUAUGGACUCGUAUGUGCAGCCUGCGCAGAACCAAGGCCCUGAGUGAACAGGAGGUCAAGGUUCAGGCGUUGACACUGGCCGAUAUGAACGCCUUCCAACAACAUCGCCAAGAAGAAGAUGAUCGAUUGAAGAAUGAGAUUGAAGAUACUGUUGAAGCCCUCAAUAGGCUCCGAGAUGAACGUUUUAAAUUCAACUGCAACUUGGACGUUCAGUUCCUGCUGAAGCAGGGUCAGGUUGAGGUGGAUAGCGGACCUUUCAUUCACAACUUUUCAGACAGCAUCUUGAUUCACCGAGGAGUGGUAGAAGAUCUCAACGGAUCAAUCAGGCAACUUGGAGAGCAAAAGAUUGCUGCUAUGACGGAGAGUAAAGACUUUAGAAAAGGCAUUCACAUCCUGGAAUGGGAACACAAGAAGAUGGUGAUGCAGAUAGAAGACCUUUUAAAUAAAGCCAGAACCAUCCAGAUGCUGAAAGUAUCUCGAGACUUACAAAAUUUUCUGCAUAAUGAAGACCAUGAAGCAAGGAGGCAACAGGAGAUAUCAACCCUGGAAUCAACGCUAGAGAACCAGAGAGCGCAUCAUGAGAAAAAUUGCGAAGAGCGAAAGAAAAUUGUCAAGAAGUUACGGCAGACGAUACGAGGUAAAGAAAAGAACAACGCCACAUUGGACAAAGAUCUAGAGGAGAUGAAUGUAUCGGUGGCCGAAAGGAAACACAUCAACGAAGUCAAUGCUGCUAUGCGGAAUGUGGGUGGCUCUGCUCAGCGUAUGCGUGAUAUCGUACAGAGACGGAAGCUGGUUGAUCUAGCCAAGGCACAGGCCCAGGAAGUGGCCGUGUUACGGGCAGAGGUGGAGCGUCUUCGCAUGAGGACAUUCCCUGCUCUGGUCCAGGUGGAACGCUGAGUGGACCGCACAGGGAACAAUUUCAUAAAGCCUGGGGUGGAUUUCAUAAAGAUUUAG